AUGGCCCCUCUAGCACCAAGAAAAAUCACCCUGACUCAACUUCCGACCGAGAUUAAAUGCCUUAUCAUUAAUUAUCUUGCACUUCAGACGGAGACGAGCGUGCCUCAUCCAGUGAAUGAGAUAGCAACCCCUUGGUUAAAUCUUGCGUUGGUUAAUCGAAACUUUUAUGAACUGUGUAGUGCGAUACAUUGGAAACUGGUCAGCGUGCGGCACGAAGAAGGACUCCGCCUUGAGCAGCUCAUUCAUGAAAUCUUGCCUCGUCAUGCAAAACACGUGCGAGUCCUUGUUCUCGAAAUGCACAACGGGGUUCUCGAGCUGUCCCGCUCCAGGAAUGUGGACCCAAUAGGAAUCGUAGCGGACACACUUCCUCGGGGAAAACUAAUCGACAUUUUGGACCUUUGUACCAAUUUGACUGGACUCCACAUAGAGGUCGACCUUUACUAUGUCGGGCCUGAAAUCAUGAGCAAUGACCUCCCCAACGCUAUCCCCACAUCGAUUCAUCCGACCGCUCAGCUUUCAAACUUGACGUACUUUUAUCUAGAUGACAACACACCCGGCCCGGAGGAAGAAGGUUGCUUUAGAGAAGAGCACUUAGUCAGCUUGAUAAGGGAUAUGGUGCAUUUAGUUCAUUUUCGUCUCACUGGACAUUCCGGUUUUUUACCACCGCACCCCUUAUUCAUGGAAACAAACAACAUUCAGCCGGUUGUGUCUCCAGUAGCCCUUCAUCUAGCUUCACUGAAAUCGCUCAAAAUCAUCGAUCUCACCGUUUCGAGUUGUUUUAACUCGAGCUGGAGCAAAAUCGAGUGGAAAGGAGCACUCGAAGCAAUCGUACUACACGACAUCCCUCAGGUUUCUUUUGGUGUCCUGCAUUCUUUCUGCAGCCUCUUCGCGGAGAGCUUGGUUUCUCUCUCCCUUUGCGACGUUCCUCUCAGCGCUUUUCACAAUGGUCGAUAUACCCGCCUACCCGCAUUGGAGCUUAAACACGUCUUUCGCUUGCCCAAGCUGGAGAAGCUGUCUGUUUUUACACCCUAUUCGACUGAAUUUCUUCGCUUAUUCCGAGAGUGUCGCCACAUCACCAAGAUCAACCUUGUUGCCAAUCGUCAAAUUCGGCCUUCCGAUCUUAAACUCUUGAUCAAUCAUGACGAUCCGAUCUGGAUCCACUUGAAAUCACUUGUAGUACAAGUUGUCCAUGUUGGCAAGGGGAGAUACAGGCCUAACGAAAUCACCGAUUUGGUUUCUCAUUGUUCAAAAGUCGGUGUGAAAGUGGAAUGCGGCUACAAUCCAAACCAUAGAAACCGACUUUUCGAGUGUUAUCAGAUGAGGCAAAUAAAUGUGCAUGUUUGGAAUCCCGAAGAGUCAAGCGCUAGCGAAAGUGAGGACGAAAGUGAUGGCGAAGUCGGAGUCGUAGGUGAUGGCGAUUGGGAGGGCAAUUGGGAAGACGAUUGGGAAGACGAUCUUGAAGGCGAUAUUCAAGGCGAAAGGGAAGGCAACCACGUCAACCAAAAUGAAGGUCAUAAUGAUAAUUAAAUCGAAAUUGAAAGUGAA